AGCAGACGCUUCCUGUUCAUCGACACUCGCAGCAAACGGUAACCCGAACGUCUGAGCAAAACCAUGGUAACGAGAUCUCCGUUUGUGCCUUUGGAGGAGAUUCAAUGACCAGCAUGGGAAGUCAGCCCAGCAAGAAACCCUACAGACCGGCGGGGAGCGGCGUACCGGAUGCCGAAACGAGUCAUAGAGCCGCGCUAGAAAUGGAUAAAUGUGCGUUUGUGGCUUUGCACGACUUUCCACUCGGUGAUCAGGCAGAUCUAGCGAUUCGAAUAGGAGAACGAGUGACCUUCGUUUCUGAGGACGGUGACUGGUGGAAGGUGGCUUCCAUCUCUACUGGCAAAGAAUGCUACGUGCCCAAAAAGUAUCUGGCCCGGGUAUUCAACAGAUGGCUCUAUAAAGGUGUAAAUCGGGAGAAAGCGGAAGCUUUGCUGUUGCUAAGCAGCAACAAAAACGGUUCCUUCCUGAUCCGAGAAAGCGAGAGCAGAAAAGGAUGUUUCAGUUUAUCGAUACGGCGCACGAAUCAGGCGUUGUGGGAUUCGGUGAAACAUUAUCGGAUCAAUACGCUGGAGAAUGGAUGGUUUUAUAUUUCUCCUCGUCUGACCUUUCCGACUCUCCAGGAUUUGGUGGAUUAUUACUCAGAAGCGGAUGAUGGAAUAUGUUGCAUAUUAAAAGAGCCGUGUGCUCUGUUACAAGUUUCCGGUCCAAUCGUUUACAGUCCCGCUGAACCAGUCAUGGUUCGGAAUCCAACGCUCAACUGGAAUGACCUAGACAGCGCGGCGCUCUUUAGGGAAGACACCAGCGUGAACGAUGACUGCCCGGUCAGCCUUGGUCUCAGGCAAGCGGUCAGUUCCUACAUGUUCAUGACGGAAGAAUUCAAUUCAAAGAGUACUACAGACAGGGAGCACUUGUGGAGGACAUACUGAGGAGGACAAAAGAAGAGAAGGCCAUGCAGGAACGCUUCGUAGACAUCAUCCUUGGAAUCUUAGCCUUCUGCCGGUGGCUCGACGGCUCGUUUCUUGGGAGCGGCUGUACGAGAAACGACUAAUGGACGUUUUUUCAGUAGCCAAGUGACUUUAUUAUAACUAAAAACUCUUUUCGGUUGUAGCUCAGCGAGAUAUUGCAGGACAAUAGUUCCAGACUCGUACAGCACAGGACAUUUAUCUACGACCAGCAUGGUAUUUAUUGCAGCUGUGCUGCCGUGUUUGUCUUAUUAUAAGAAUGUAAUUUUAAAAUCAUGUGUAUAUUUGUU